CAAUUUUAAUUCUUUUAAUUUGUGAAAAUUUUGUGGGUUGGUUGUUUUUGGUCUCAUGGGAAAUGGUGUUUCUUCAAUUUCUUUGGAUCAAAUAGUGGAAUUAAAGUAUGUUUUCCUUUCUUUCUAUGGGUUUCCGGAAUUAUAGGGUAUCACUAAUUUGUAGGACAGGCCCUCAUUUUUGGGUGAUGAUAGCUUUCUUUAUCCGUUCGUGGUUAAUUUGCUUUCUUUCGGUUGUUUUCUUAUUCCUUAUUUAGCAAGUGGCCUUUUGGUUUUCUUGGGAUUUUAUCCUUGAGUUUGUAAAUUCUAAGGAGGAUACCGAAAGCUUCAUUUCAUACCACAGAAUUGUUAGUUUUAUGUAAUUUCAUAACAGAAACUGUCGUAAAGAACCUAGUUUUGUUGGUAUCUGAGCGUCAUCGGAAUGGCUUCCUUGACGGUAAUGGUGUCUUGAUGGAGAGCUUUCAUUUUCCUUUCCAGUUCAUGAAAAGAGGGUGGUGCUAGUCUAUUCUCAAUAAAGGAAAUUACAGAGUUAUGAUGGAUUGUUUGCCGGACCAGUUAGUAUGGGAGAUCUUGAGCAGGGUUAAGAAAACCACUGAUAGAAACUCUUUGUCUUUGGCGUGUAAACACCUGCACGGAUUGGAUAAUGAACAGAGACAAUCUCUUCGGGUUGGUUGUGGAUUAGACCCUGCAAAUGAAGCUUUGACUUCUCUCUGCAGUAGGUUUUCCAACUUGACAAAGGUAGAGAUAACUUACGCUGGUUGGAUGUCCAAACUAGGAAAGCAGUUGGAUGACGAAGGGCUUCUUAUUCUUUCCAAUUGCUGCCCUUCUAUGGUUGAUCUCACAUUAAGCUACUGCACCUUCAUCACUGAUUUGGGCCUUGGUCACUUGUCUUCUUGCUCAAAACUUUCAGCUUUGAAGUUGAAUUUCACAACAAGAAUUACUGGCUGUGGCAUAUUAUCUCUUGUUGCAGGCUGCAAAGUUCUCACUAUCCUCCACCUUGUACGAUGUCUAAAUGUUAGCAGUUUUGAGUGGCUUGAAUAUCUUGGAAAGCUUGAAACUCUUGAAGAUCUCUCAAUUAAGAAUUGUAGAGCUAUUGGGGAGGGUGAUUUGAUUAAGCUAGGUUCUAGUUGGAAAAAACUAAAAUGCUUGCAAUUUGAGGUAGAUGUGAAUUACAGAUAUAUGAAAGUUUAUGAUCGUUCAGCUGUGGAUCGCUGGCAAAAGCAGUGGGUCGCAUGUGAGAACAUGGUGGAACUUAGCUUGGUAAAUUGUAUCAUCAGCCCUGGGAGGGGCCUUGCUUGUGUGCUGGGGAAGUGCAAGAAUUUGGAGAAGAUUCACUUGGACAAGUGUGUUGGGGUAAGGGACUCUGACAUUAUAGGCUUAGCCCAAAAAUCAAAAAACCUCCGCUCCAUUUUCCUUCGAGUUCCAUCGGAUUUCUCACUUCCUCUUGUGAUGAAUAAUCCACUGAGAUUAACCGAUGAAUGUCUAAAAGCCAUGGCUCAGAACUGUUCGAUGCUUGAAUCUGUCAGGAUAUCGUAUUCUGAUGGGGAUUUCCCUUCAUUUUCCUCAUUUACAUUGGAUGGAAUCCUUAGUUUGAUUCAGAAGUGCCCUUUGCGGGAACUUGCUUUCGACCAAGUGUAUUCCUUUAACGAUGUUGGAAUGGAAGCUCUUUGCUUGGCUCAGUAUCUUGAGACCUUGGAGCUGGUCAGAUGCCAAGAGAUAAGCGACGAGGGGCUGCAGCAUGUGGGGCAGUUUCCCCGGUUGUCCAUUCUGCGUUUAAUCAAGUGUUUAGGGGUUUCUGAUGAUGGGUUAAAGCCACUUGUAGGGUCAUACAAAUUGGAAUUGUUGGCUGUGGAAGAUUGUCCUCAAAUUUCUGAAAGAGGAGUUCUGGGAGCUGCAAAGUCUGUAUCUUUCAGACAAGACUUGUCAUGGCUGUACUGAAAACGUGUGACUGGAUCAGGUAAAAGCAGUAUCAAGGGCUUGUUUGGUUUCUGCAGCAUUUCAUUUAUCCAGUUGUUGUAUUAGGUUUAGAUGGCUUAGUGUAAGUACACUAUUGUGUUGUGAAUGUUAUUUUUUUUUUAAUUUAACUCAAUGAUCUGUAAGAAUAAAUAAUUGUAUUGAUUUAUUUGCCUUCGCUGAUGACCACAUAAUGAAAUGGCAAUUGUGAGAUUCAUAUUUA